AUGGUAUCGAAUACAAGAAAUCCAAUUGAAGAGCAUCCUGAUAUGACAAUGUCAGAAGAUUUUCUCAGCAUGGAGGAUCCACCAGCAGCUAAAGAGAUGGACUUUCAAUGGCGGCCUCCUUCAUCUGGACAGCAGAUGGAUGAACAGUUGCCUGAAGAGGAUUCUUCUCAGACGAAGGUUCGUGCUCGCAGAGGAGCUCCAGACUUUAAGCGUAGGCCUUCUUUUGAAUAUGAGGAUUACAAAAAAAAUGCUUACAACCGCUUGAGCAUAUUUGAUCACCAGCAUUAG